AUUUCCAGGCAUUCCUCAAUUAAACGCAAACGACCAAGGGCGCCGCCUCGUCAAGAGAAUCUGCGUCGUCUGAGCUCGCCGAGGGGAGGUUGAGCGUCGGCGUUCGUCUCGGCCGCCAACAUGGCUGGCACGCGCGUGUUCGUGGGCAACCUGCCCAUGGACGUCCGCGAGCGCGAGGUUGAGGACCUGUUCUUCAAGUACGGCCGCAUCCGCAGCGUGGACCUCAAGAUUGGGCCCCGUCCGCCCGCUUUCGCCUUUGUCGAGUUCGAGGACGAGCGUGACGCUGCGGACGCUGUGCGUGGCCGUGACGGCAUCGAGUUCCAAGGCCAGCGCCUGAGGGUUGAGGUGUCACACGGCCGUCGUGGCGGUGCUGGUGGUGGCGGUGGCGGCUUCGGUGGCGGUGGUGGUGGUUUCGGUGGCGGUGGAGGCGGCUACGGCGGCGGUGGUGGUUAUGGUGGCGGUGGAGGAGGCGGCUACGGAGGCGGCGGUGGUGGCUACGGAGGCGGCGGUGGCGGCUAUGGUGGUGGUGGAGGCGGCUACGGAGGCGGUGGUGGCGGCAGCGGCGGUGGCGGCGGCGGCCGCAGCCUGGGCCCUAACCCCUUCGGCCCCAGCCGCCGCACCGACUUCCGCGUCAUCGUGACCAACCUACCGCUCAGCUGCUCGUGGCAGGACCUGAAGGACCACAUGCGCCGCGCCGGCGAGGUGACGUUCAGCCAGGUCAUGCGCGACGGCCGCGGCAUGCUGGGCCUCAUCGACUACGCCACCCGCUCCGACCUGGAGCUGGCGCUACGCAAGCUGGACGACAGCGAGUUCAAGAAUCCCUACGACACUGCGCGCAUCCGUGUGCGUGAGGACCGCGGCGACGGUCCUGCCGGUGUCUCUGGCGGCGGCAGCCGUGGCCGCCGCUCCCGUUCCCGCUCCAAGAGCCGCAGCAAGAGCCGCAGCCGCUCCCGGUCCAAGAGCCGCAGCAAGAGCCGCUCGCGGUCCCGCAGCCACGACAAGAGCCGCUCGCGCUCCCGCUCCAAGUCGCCCGCGCGCAGCAAGAGCCGCUCGCGCUCGCGCAGCCGGUCCCGCAGCCGCUCGCGCUCGCCGGCCCGCAGCGGCAGCCCCGCCCGUGAGGAGGAGAAGGCCGAGUAGACCGCCUAUGGUACAGCAAGGAGGCGGGUUCGGGGUCUCUUUAGCGCUGCACUUCGGGAGAGCUUUCGUGCCGGCGGCGGUAGCUUGGCAUAGAAGUCGGCGCCGGGAACACUAUUCGGACCUCGUUGACGCGGGACAGUGACUGCUCUCACGCAGAACGAUGCAGCGGAAGGCUGUUACGGAGGAUUGCGCCAACAGAGGAUUGACGCGAUUUGCAGUUCCCGGGCGUCGGAUUAUCGGAUGCAACGGCGGAGUCCCUUUAAUAUGUGUAAUUCAUUCAGAGA